UAUGUGUAUGUGUGGUGGGGGGAGAGGUUGAUAGAGGCGGGGGUGUCGGGGAGGGCCGAAGGAGGCGGCCCCUGAUUGGCUGGGGAGGGGGAGUGGAGGCACGGAGUUUCCCACAAUGCCCCUGUGCGGUGCAGCCGCGGAUGGAUGCUGCGGGAAGGGGCUGCCAUUUGCUGCCCCAGCCAGCGGCGCGCUGACCUGCCCAGUCUCCUGCAGUCGCCGCCACUUGGCCCCGGCCCGGGUCCUUGCAGCCGCUCCAUCUCAGCUCGGUCCGUGGUUCCUGGGGUCGCCAACAUGAAUACUAGCUCAGGGAGCGGAGAGGAGAAAGGGGCUGCCGGCAGCAGCAGCAGCGGAAGCGGCGGUGGCGGUGGCGGUGGCGGCGGCGGGAGCUGCUGCCGCGGAGCCGAGGGCGGUGUACCGGACACGCGGAGCGCAGGGGCUGGAGCUUCGGCGGCGGCGGCGGCGGCGGUGGCGGCUGCAGCAGCCGCCCUGGAGGAGCCUCAGGCCACCGGUCAGAAGGAGAAGGACGAGGCUCUGGAGGAAAAGCUGAGAAACUUAACUUUCCGGAAGCAGGUCUCUUACAGGAAAGCAAUCUCUCGGUCAGGCCUCCAGCAUUUGGCUCCGGUGCAUUCCCUCAGCCUACCUAUUGCCAAUGGUCCAGCGAAGGAACCCAGAGCAACACUAGACUGGAGUGAAAAUGCUGUGAAUGGAGAACACCUAUGGCUGGAGACCAAUGUUUCAGGAGACCUGUGUUACCUCGGGGAGGAAAACUGUCAAGUCAAGUUUGCAAAAUCAGCUCUCAGGAGGAAGUGUGCGGUCUGUAAAAUUGUGGUCCACACAGCCUGUAUGGAGCAGCUAGAAAAGAUUAAUUUCAGAUGCAAACCAACUUUUCGAGAAGGAGGCUCAAGAUCUCCAAGAGAAAAUUUUGUCCGUCAUCACUGGGUACACAGAAGACGACAGGAGGGAAAAUGUAAGCAGUGUGGGAAGGGGUUCCAGCAGAAAUUCUCCUUUCAUAGUAAAGAGAUUGUAGCCAUCAGCUGUUCCUGGUGUAAGCAGGCGUUUCACAACAAGGUCACCUGCUUCAUGAUGCACCACAUUGAGGAGCCAUGCUCUCUGGGGGCUCAUGCUGCUGUCAUUGUCCCACCUACCUGGAUCAUUAAGGUGAAGAAACCUCAGAAUUCAUUAAAGGCUUCAAAUCGGAAGAAGAAGAGGACAAGUUUUAAAAGGAAAGCCAGCAAAAGAGGAGCUGAACCAGAAAAUAAAGGCCGGCCAUUUGUGAUAAAACCCAUUUCCUCUCCACUCAUGAAACCACUGCUCAUAUUUGUGAAUCCCAAGAGUGGAGGCAACCAGGGGACCAAAAUUCUCCAGAUGUUCAUGUGGUAUCUGAAUCCACGACAGGUCUUUGAUCUUUCUCAGGAAGGGCCGAGAGAUGCGCUUGAGCUAUAUAGAAAAGUGCCAAAUCUUCGAAUCCUGGCCUGUGGCGGGGAUGGAACGGUCGGUUGGAUCCUUUCCAUCCUCGAUGAACUUCAACUCAGUCCCCAGCCGCCUGUUGGGGUUCUUCCUCUGGGUACUGGGAAUGACCUGGCUCGAACUCUCAACUGGGGAGGGGGAUACACGGAUGAACCUGUCUCCAAGAUAUUGUGCCAUGUGGAAGAUGGAACUAUUGUGCAGCUAGAUCGAUGGAAUCUCCAUGUAGAAAGAAACCCUGAUUUACCUCCUGAAGAACUUGAAGAUGGUGUAUGCAAGCUUCCUCUCAAUGUUUUCAAUAAUUACUUCAGUCUUGGAUUUGACGCUCACGUUACACUGGAAUUCCAUGAAUCCCGAGAAGCAAAUCCAGAGAAAUUCAACAGUCGCUUUAGAAAUAAAAUGUUUUAUGCAGGGGCAGCCUUUUCUGACUUCCUGCAGAGAAGCUCCAGGGAUUUAUCCAAACAUGUCAAGGUUGUGUGUGAUGGAACAGACCUUACCCCAAAGAUUCAAGAGCUGAAGUUCCAAUGUAUAGUGUUUUUAAAUAUACCUAGGUAUUGUGCAGGCACAAUGCCUUGGGGAAAUCCAGGAGAUCACUUAGAUUUUGAACCUCAGCGCCAUGAUGAUGGCUAUAUUGAAGUUAUUGGAUUCACCAUGGCUUCUUUGGCUGCCCUGCAAGUUGGAGGCCAUGGAGAAAGGUUGCAUCAGUGCCGGGAGGUAAUGCUACUAACAUACAAAUCUAUCCCCAUGCAAGUGGAUGGAGAACCCUGUAAGUUGGCCCCUGCUCUGAUUCGGAUAUCCCUGAGAAAUCAGGCCAACAUGGUGCAGAAGAGCAAGAGGAGAACAUCCAUGCCUUUACUUAAUGAUAUCCAUAAGGUGCAAACCACUGAUCUGAGGAGAGUUUCUGCUCCCCCUGGCUCCUUCACCAUUCCCCAUUCUGUCCCAGACCGCCUACGGAUCCGAGUGAACAGAAUUAGUUUACAAGACUAUGAAGGCUUGCACUAUGACAAAGAAAAGCUCCGGGAAGCUUCUAUCCCUCUGGGUAUUCUAGUUGUACGGGGAGACUGUGAUCUGGAAACUUGUCGCAUGUACAUUGACCGCCUACAGGAGGACCUGCAGUCAGUUCCUUCUAGUACCCAGAGAGUUCAUUACCAGGCUUUAGUCUGCCAGAGUCCUGGGACUGGUUCCUGCCCCAGCAGAAUGUGCACAAGAAGCUUCCUUCCUGGGAUAGAAGACUGCUUCAGAUCUAAGGACCAGGAAACCUCUUUCCCCAGGGCUCUUUCAGCUCAGAGACUUUCCCCCAGGUGGUGCUUCCUAGAUGCUACUUCUGCUGAUCGUUUUUAUCGAAUAGACAGAGCUCAGGAACAUUUGCACUUUGUGAUGGAAAUUUCACAAGAUGAGAUUUUUAUCCUGGAUCCAGAUAUGGUGGUAUCACAGCAAGCAGGAACACCACCAGGGAUGCCUGAUCUGGUAGUGGAGCAAGCUUCUGGGAUGUCAGAUUGGUGGAACCCAGCUCUCCGAAAACGCAUGCUGAGUGACAGUGGGCUGGGGAAAAUAUCACCGCAUUUUGAGGCUUCUGAGAAGAACGACUUCAGCCACUCACACAUGCUACCGUCACCAGUCUCUUCAGAAGAUCAAGCACUUGUACAGGCAGUCAUAGCUGGAGAUCUAAUGAAGCUCAUAGAAUGCUAUAAGAAUGGAGGCAGUCUACUAAUCCAGGGACCAGAUCACUGUUCACUCCUUCACUACGCAGCUAAAACUGGGAAUGGCGAUAUUGUGAAAUACAUCCUUGACCAUGGUCCUUCUGAAUUAUUGGAUAUGACAGACAGUGAAACAGGAGAGACAGCGUUGCAUAAGGCUGCUUGCCAGCGGAACCGGGCUGUCUGCCAACUCCUGGUGGAUGCAGGGGCAUCUCUGAGAAAGAGGGAUUCCAAGGGCAAGACCCCUCAAGACAGAGCCCAGCAGGCUGGGGACCCAGAUUUGGCUUCAUACCUAGAAAGUCGUCAGAGCUACAAGAUCCUUACCCACGAAGACCUAGAGACUGCAGUUUGACUCAGGUAGAAGGAAGAAGGGAACUCUGGUGAGAAUAUCGACGAUGCCCCUUGGCAAUCCGGCAACUCCUGUGGAAGAAACUGAUGGAAUCAAAGUGUCUAUCUUUAUCACUCAAGAUAUCUAUCUGAGGACAUGCCACCAGUUUCUAAGGGCUACUGAAAUGCACCAUGAAAUACAAUAGCCCCAGGGAAUGAGGCAGGAUUCAUGGAGGUUUGUGGAAUACCUGGUCCACGAAAUUUGAUCCUUAUUGCUUCCAGCAAGUAGCAUGAACUUCUGUGUUCACCUGUAUAAUUUAUUUUAAAGUCAGAAAGGAUGUUCCUAUAAAUGGCACUGCUCCUCUUCCCCUUUUGCACAGAAUGGUCCCCCACAUCCACACAGCCCUACCACAACUAUCUGUCAGUUGGUUUUAAAUGGAAAGGAUGUCUGUUCUCUUAACAGAAAAGCUUCACAGCUAAUGUGGUUUCUGGAAGGACUUUCAAGGAGCCCACAAAGACAUGACUGCUUCAGUUUCCUAUGACUAAAUUCAUCUAAAAUAUUUAGUGACUAGGGAGUAUUCUCCCUUUUUUGCAUGGGUUCCUCUCUUUCUUUUCCAUCUUAUGGGAACUGAGAAGUACCUCAUGGAUUAUGUCAAUGGGUAGCAGAAUUGGGUUCUGAUAAAUCUCUAAGCUAGAGUGAGGUAGCAUGAAAAUAUGUGGGUUUAAUUAUGUGGUCAGUGAGCAGGGCUCGGGGCACCUUACUAAGGUACUCAGAGUGGUAGAUUGGGGAUCCUGGUCUCUGUCCAAUGUAACAAAGGAAUGAUUCAGCUUGGGCUUUUUUAAUAGCUGAGUACUGCCUAUGUAUAGCCAUUUUUGCCUUCUGGUGCAAUGGAAUUGAAGGAUGGAUGGAACAAAGGCAGACAGUUGGCAUAUCUAUCUACUUCUAAAAGCUACAGCAAAAAAUUGGGGGGAAGCAGAUAAUCAUGAGUUUGGAAAUGGUGGGAACAGGGAAUGGAAUAUUGUGGCAGACUUUAUUUCCAGACAUUUCUGAAAAUAGAGAACAGGCCUGUUUCAUGGAGAGGUUUGACCUAAAGCACUGGGAAAGAAAAAUUACAAUUUCUAAGAAGACUCAUUUAAGCAAAAUGGCAGCCAUUGGUCUUCUAACCAGUGCUACCCUAACCUACCAUCCUGGGUACAGUAGUCUUAAGGAGUCUACUGUUAGGUAUCUCCUCCAGCUUUUAGGUUUUUUUAAUUGCUCUAUUCCAAACAUAUUGCCCCCCCCCCAAAGUGAAAGAACUACAGCCUCUGUAACUUCUCUUUCUGUUUUACUGUCACAAUUUGGCAAUAUCCAAGUUUCUUUUUUCCACACUGCAUGUCAGGUACCAAAGUGGCAUCUUUAAUUCUCUUGGCUCAAUGUUGGCACCAUUAACAACCUCAUUUUCCAGGAAAGAAGAAGCAUUUUGCAUCCCUUUCUCUUCCUUUUCUUUCCCACAACCUGUCACUGGAGAGAUCUUAGAAGGAGGGUGCAUGACAGUGUUGCUUUCAUCAGUGGAGUAGGGCUGUUCCAUCUCUGCCACCUUAGCUCAUUCUGCGCACACAGAUCUCUGUAGGUUUAUACUGAUCAGGAUUUUAACACUCAUUAGAGCCCAUGAAAACACCUAUGGUUUUGGGGCAAACACUCUUGGGUUUGCUUCUGUAUAAGCUACAGACAUGGAAUGGUUCUAAUUCCUUUACUGGGUGUGCAAAGAGUUUGCUACUGCCUAAAAGUGACCCUGUUUUAGUCCCCAUUCCAUCCCCUCUCAUUGGACAUGAAUAAAGUGUUUUCCUAGUGUUUCUGCAUGUGAACUUAAA